GACGUCACCAAAACGUGUGCACUAGUACGUUUCACGCAAGAAGCACCAAAACUUAGGAAUGCACUGGAGUUUUCGGAGAGAACGUAUUUCAGCGAGGAUUUUUUAGAUUUCGGCUAAAGUUUCAAUCUGUGCCAGAAGUUUUAAGGGUGUCACAGAAAAUCUGAACACUGGCUGCACAAAUUCUGCAUAACCGUUACUUAAAUCAGCAUGACAGCUCAUUUGUGGACAACAUUCAUUCUGAGCUGGUUGCAUUUAUGAAGGAAGCUAAAAUAAACAAAGUGUUGCUUUUCCCACCAGUCCACAGCUAUUACAGAUUCCUUAUCCACAAGUGCGUUGAAGAUUUUCCAGGCCUGGGUAGUUUUUCGAUUGGUGAAGGAGCUCAACGGCAAGCUGUAGUCUGCCUUUGCAAAUCACUUAAAAGAGGACCAAAGGGUCAAGAGCUGUUAAUGUCCAGUUCACAGCUCCAGCACCAAGCACCAAAGGGACAUGGGCGUGGUAAGGGAAGAGGGGACAAUGCAUUUUCCCCAAACAGACCGCGGGUUCUUCCCCUGGUUGGAAAGGAAGAGAACUGUAGUUCUACCUUCAGUCAACCAUCUUCAAGAACCUUAGGCAGAGGCCAAGGACGAACAAAGAAACCAGAGGUGCAGCUUUAUGUCCCAAGAGGUCGACGUGAUCUGCAGCAUGACAAUGGUACUACUCUAGAGCACGAUCCCGAGACAAGAGACAAAAUCUGCAUGGAAUUGACUGCUUGCGUCUGCUCUGCAGAUAUUGGGGAACACUGUACGGCAAAGAAGAAAUGUAUGACUGACAAGAAACUGCAGUCAUUGCCCAUGAACCUGCAGUCAGACUGUUCAGGUCAGAAGCACACAUCUUGUGAGCUGAAGAGUUCUAGUGAUGGGCAAGAAAGUACUGUGAACAGAUCUGAUUCAUCUUCUAAAAAGUUAAGUACUGUUAAGGGAAGCCGCCCAGAUAUUCAGCUGUAUGUUCCGAGGGCUCGCAGGAAAAUGGAUAAAGUUAUAAACACAGAGACAAGUAUCGAGUCAGAUCUAUCUCAGAACAGUUUAUUGUCUUGUAAAAGCGCUAAGACAACAGACAUGGAAGUUGACCCAUCACAUCUGAACUUUAAUGCUUGGGAUGAAAGUAGUCAACAUAGCUCAUUGGACAUUAUUGAUUCAGCCAGAAGUAAAUGCUCAAAAAAGGACACAGAAGAGAGGUUAAGUUAUAUGGAUGAUAUAAUGGGUAGCAAGGAAAGUUAUGCAGAAAACAAUAAAAGGUUUAGGUGUCUACAAAAGGAAAAUGGUAGCCACUCUCAGGAAAAGGAAUGUCCUUCUAAGCACUUAAAAUGUGAUCAGGAUCCUGAUGAUCAUUGUGCAGUGCCAGAAGACCCCUCUCAUGAGAUAAACUUCAUUUCCAGAUCAGACACAUCAACUCUUCCAGCAGAAGGAUUGGAAGAAAUGUUGCAAGAAGUGCCUGUGCUGUCCUUGGAACAUGGGGAACAUUUCCAGACAAUGCAGCCUGGAAAUAAAUAUGUGCCUGGUAAACAAGAAAAUAGUUUACCAAAUUAUUUUCCUCAAGAACAGUUAUCUGGGGAAUCUGGCUGUACCUUAGUUUCAGAUGAGGAUCAUUCUCCGCAAAGUAAUUUUCUGCAGCAUGAAAAUAUAGCAGAAAAAGACAAAAGUGCGCCAUCUGCUCAAACAUUGGCUGGUGAACCAGAAACUGCAGGCCAAAACAUCAUUUCAGAAAAAAGACAGCUUACUAAUUUCCUACAAGGUGAAGUUUAUGAAUCAAAGCCUUUCACAGCUAUUGAAAAAAUACUACCAUCAGAAAUGAUCUCAGAUUGUAUUUCUUUGACAGAACAUAUGCCAGGUGUGUUUAGUGGAACUGAGAGGGUGAAGUCAGGGCAAGAAGAAGUUGAUAGUCCUGGAGAUAUUGAGGAUCUUCAAGACAAAAGUGAAAUAGACAAUUCUAAUCUUAUUUCAUCUUGUAUGAUAGUAAAUUCAAAGAACAUUCAAGAAAGUGACGAUCUUUCAACAAAAACAAUCAGAGCAGCAGAAUUUAAUCCAGCAACAGACAUUUCUUUUGGAAAUAAGAUAAAAAAGAAUAUUGUUGCGGAGGGAGAUAAUGAGGAGGAUUCAUGGGAUAACAUUUUUGAUGAUAAUGGAGACUGCCUUAACCCCUCAGCAAUGGAAGAGUUGACAGCUUAUGUUGGGGAUGUGAAAAUCAGUACGUCAAAGGCGAACAUCAACUACUUGAGUUACCAGGCCAGAGAGCCAGAUAUGGACUCAGAAGCAUAUGGCCAUGUCAUUGAAAUAAGCGACUUUCCUGCAGAGUUCCAGACAAGAGAUUUGCUCACUGUGUUUAAAGACUUUAUGAGUCGUGGGUUUGAUAUAAAAUGGGUUGAUGAUACACAUGCAUUGGGUGUGUUUGCAAGUGCAGUUGCAGCUCGCGAGGCACUGAAUAUGGUUCAUCCACUGAUGAAAUUCCAUCCGCUAUCUGAAGCUUCAAAACAGUCUAGGACAAAGGCUCGUCGAUGCCAAGAAUUUCUUCAGCCAUAUAAGCCUCGCCCAGAAACAACAGUAGCUGCUGCCAGACGUCUUGUCACAGGUGCCUUAGGAAUGACUCCACGGAUUUCCAAAGAGCAGCGUGACCAGGAGCGAAAACAGUUGAAAGAGGCCAGAGAAAGAAAAAAACAGGAUAAGAAGUUAAAAGAUGACAUGUGGGAUGGAGUCGUUGGCAGUCAUGCAGUGGAUAAUGCCUGAAAAGAAAGAUGCUAUAUCAACUGUGCAGUGGACAGUAGAUAAUGCCUGAAAAGAAAG